AUGAAGGAAAAUGAAAUGAUUUUAGAGUUAGAUAUUGGGGAUAAUGAUCUAUAUGGUGGACCUAACAACUUAGGAAGUAAUGUACUAAUCCUUCCAUCAAACAAGGAGGAACGUAAGAAAUUACAUAAAGAUAGACUAAACAAUGAAAACAAAAGAAGCAGAAUAAAGGAAAGAAGAGUUAAAGUUAGCAAAAGAAAACUUAGGAAAUUAAAACAACUAGAGGAAAGAAAAAGGAGAAAAUUAGAACAAAGUGAUAUAACUAAAGAAUUAGAAAUAUAUAGUCUUAAUGAAGAAGAGAUGCUUUUGAUGAGAGAUAUCUGCACAAGCACUGGAUCUAAUAAUAGAGUACGUAAAAUAUUAGCAAAACGUUUUAUAGAUGCAGGAUUAGAGGUACCAGAAGAUUUAAAAAUAAAGAAGUUAAAAAUUAAAAAUAGAGAUAAAGUUGAAUUUUGUGAGAAAGAUAAAUGUUUAAAUAUUUCUAAAAGUAAUUUUAAUAAAAAAGAUUUGGAAGUACCAAAGCAAUAUUUAAGUGUCAGGACAUAUAAUAAUAAUAAAUUAGUAAGGGAAGACAACAUAUUACAUGAUGAUAUACCUAAACUAAAUAUUAAUAAUGAGAAUAAAGAAGAAUCUGAUAAAAAAGAUGAUAUAAAAACAUAUGUACGGAAAGUAUAUAGUAUUGUCCCUUCAGAAGGUCCAAAUAGACCUAACAUUGUUAGAUCACCUGAAAUAGAAGCUAUAAGGAAUAAUCUACCAGUAAGAAUGUUUGAAAGCGAUAUACUAGAAGGAUUAGAAAAAAGUGAUAUUAUUAUUGUAACUGGAUCAACAGGAAGUGGCAAAUCUACUCAAGUUCCUCAGCUUUUAUAUGAAUCUGGAUAUUGUUCAAUGAAGGAAGAUAAAUUGAAGAGAUACAAAAUUGGUCUAACUCAACCAAGAAGAAUAGCAGCUAUUUCACUCAGUAAAAGAAUAGGUGAAGAACUAGGAGAUAAUAAUUUUGUAGGAUAUCAAGUUCGCUAUGAUAAAGGAAAUUGUCCAAAAGAUGCUAGCAUAAAAGUAAUGACAGAUGGUAUACUAUUACAAGAAGUUCAGAAAGAUUUGAAAUGUUCAGAAUAUAGUGUAAUUAUUGUUGAUGAAGCUCAUGAAAGAACUGUGAAUACAGAUAUACUAAUUGGAUUACUAUCCCGUGUUGUAAAAUUAAGAAGAGAUUUAUUUUCUAAUUCUUCUAAUUUACUUCCACCAUUAAAGUUAAUAAUAAUGUCUGCUACUUUAAGAAUAACAGAUUUUACAGAAAAUAAAAAAUUAUUUCCUAUUAUUCCUCCUAUAAUAUCUAUUGAAACUCCCAAUUUUCCAGUUACUAUUCAUUAUUGUAAAAAAACCCCUAGUGAUUAUAUGAAAGCAGUAUACAAAAAAAUAAUACAGAUACAUGAAAAAUUACCUCCUGGUUCUAUAUUAGUAUUUGUAACUGGAAAAAGAGAAGUAAAACAAUUAACGACAAUGAUAAAUAAGGAGAAACAUAAAAUAUUAAAAGACAAGAUAGAUUGUGAUAAUCGAACUUUAUUUGAUGAAGAAUAUGAUGAAAGUAAUGAUGAAAAUAGUGAUAAUGAGAAUAUUGAUAACGAGAAUAUUGAUAACGAGAAUAUUGAUAACGAGAAUAGUGAUAAUGAAAAUAAUGAUGAUGAAAAUAGUGUUGAUGAAAUUAAGAAUGAAAGUAAUAAUGAAAAAGAAAUUUUAAGAGAUACUGAAAUUAAGGAAAAUUCUAAUGAAAAUCAUUGUAUACCUAUACAAAGUAAGGAUUUAGAUCUACUUUUAGAUAAGGAUACAGCAAAAUAUAAUGAGUAUACUAAUGAUAUACAUUUAGAUGAAAAAAAAAAUUUGGAAGAUCAAGAAGAUGAAGUUACAAAUAUUGUGAUAAUGGAUAAUAAGGAAGAUAAAAUAGUUUAUGGAUCAUCAUGGGAAGCUUUUAAUAAAGAGGACACUAGAAAAAGAAAGAUAAGAUUACAUCAAACAGUUGAUUCUAGUGUAUGGAAAGGUGGGGGAGGAAAUUUAAACUUAGUUACUGAAUAUAAAAAUUCAGGAAAGCAUGAUUUAGAAGAAAUUAAAAGUUAUAAAUCUAUAUUAAAAGCUAUACCAUUAUAUGCUUCUAUGAACUAUGAUGAGCAAAUGAAGGCAUUUCAAUUACCAGAGUCAUCUAAUGUACGCCAUGUAAUAAUAUCUACAAAUGUUGCAGAGACAUCAAUUACCAUACCAAAUAUUCGAUAUGUGAUUGAUACUGGAAAAGAGAAAAGACGUGAGUAUAUCAACAACUCUGAAUCAUCAUAUUUUGCAGUAAGAUGGAUUUCAAAAGCAUCUGCUAAUCAAAGAGCAGGUAGAGCUGGUCGUAUUGGUCCUGGUCACUGUUAUCGUUUAUAUUCAUCACCAGUAUAUGAAAAUUUAUUUGAAAAAUUUCCUCCAAUUAAUAUUUUAUCAAUACCAUUAGAUUCAGUAUUAUUAUAUAUGCAUUCACUUGGAAUUCCAAAUAUAUAUAACUUUCCGUUUCCAUCUCCCCCAAAAGAAGAACAUAUUGAAAAAUCAUACAAUUUAUUAAAUAUACUUGGUGCAAUUAAACAGGAUAAUAAAUCAAAAGUAGUUAAAUUAACAUCACAAGGUGUAAGUUUAUCAUAUUUUCCAUUACUACCUAGAUUUGGUAAAAUACUUCUGUUAGUAAUUGCUCAUAUAAGAGUAAAUUUGUCCAAUUGUAAUUAUAUUGAUGAUAUACAAAUACAAAAUCUGAUAUAUUUACUGCAAUAUAUAUGUAUAGUGGUAUCUUGUUUAUCUAUUGGAGAUAUACAAAAUAAUGAACAAUUAUUUAACAAAAAUAUUAUGGAAUCUCAAAAUAUAGAUAAAAAGGAAUCAUUUUUAGAUAUACCACUCAAUUAUACAAAUGAUAUUGAAAGAUUAUUGUGGUAUUCUAUUGGAUACUUACAAAUUUAUCAAAAAUUUAAAAAUAAAGGUAAAAUAGUUCAAAUGAUUAAACUGCAAGAAUAUUGUCAAUAUUAUCAAUUAAAUAAUCGUGCAAUGAAUGAGAUGAGAUUAAUGUCUCGUCAAAUAUUUUCAAUAUCAAUAAAUCGAUAUUUAAUUAAUAUUUUAAAGUUUAAUAAUGAAAAUCUUUUAUUUUCUAUUAAAAAAUCUGAUUGGCUAUUACCUUUUCCUAAUCCUGAACAUAGAAAAAUUAUCAGAAUAUGUUAUAUAUCUGGAUUUAUUGAUCAUAUUGCUGUAAGAGAUGAUACAAACAGGUUAUUUAAAGAUGGAUAUAAAAUUACUAGUACUACAGUAUCAGAUUCAAUAAUAUCAAAUAUUCAUCCAAUUAGUACUAUUAAGAAGAUGAAACCUAAAUAUCUUGUAUACAAUCAAGUUUUAAUAUCAACAGAUUUUACUAAACAAUAUUUAUGUGACUGUAUUAUGAUAUCUCCAGAUGAUAUUCUUAAAUCAACAACUUUGGAUCAUACAUUGAUUGAUUGUUCAAAUUUAUUGACAUUGCCAAAUCCUUUUUAUAAUCAAGAAAAGGAUCAAAUAAUAGGAUUUGCUAUACCGAAAUAUCAGUUAAAUGGAAUUAUAAUAAAUCUUCCUACAUCAGAAAUAUCAUUAAAUUCUAGUGGGAUAUUGGCCUCAGAAAUAUUUUUAAAAGCUUUGAUUGAUGGUUUAGUAUUUACAAAAUUAGAGAAAUACAGAAGUUUUAUAAAUUAUUCAUCUACUAACUUUUCAAAAUUAUUUAAUAAACUAGUUAAUUUUUUAUUUAAAUAUAAUAUAGAUUCAAAAGAAAGUUUAAUAAAUAGAUGGAAAAGUGAUGGUACUUUUAUUUUGGAUUUAUUUUUAAGUUUGUAUAAUAUAAAAGCUCAUAAUACAUUAAGACUUGAAUGGCCACCAAUAUAA